GAGCUCCCCGACUCGUACUUCCAGCCCAGCCCAGCCGAUCUGAAGGCCGCCCAGGCCUCUCUAUCUGCUCGAACACAAGCCCUGACCAAUGCGCCGCUUCGCACGCAAGCGAUGCGGGAGGCAGAGGAGAAAACAAAGCGGGCACGGUGGCCUACGACCACAAUACGCAUCAAGUUCAGCGAUCGCAGCCAGCUCGAGAAGACGUUCCUCUCGACGGACAAAAUCCGCACCGUGUACGCCUUCGUGCGCGGCUCGCUGCGCGAGGACGUGAAGCCGGUCAAGUUCGUGCUCUACCAGACGCCGCCGAAGCGUGAGUUCAAGGUAUCCGACCCGACCGUGCGCGACCUCUCGCUCGCGGACCUGCAACUCGCGCCGUCGUCUGUGCUCCUGCUCCGGUUCGAGAAGGACGAGCUGAACUACACCGACGUGCCUGCGCCCCUGGACGAAUCAAUAUUAGCCCAGGCUGAAGACCUACCAGCUCCACCCAACUUCGACGCGCAAACGCCGUCGCAGCCAUCAACGGCAGAAUCCCCAAGAAACCCAUCUAGUGGUUCCUCGAGCGGAAAUACGUCGCUAGAGAAGAAGAUACCCAAGUGGAUGAAGUUGGGUCCGAGUAUGUAUCCGUGCUUCCCCGUCAUGCGCUCUGCUGACCUUUUUUUGUGUUUGUAG